UUCUUACUGCACUGGCGGUAAUUGUGUAAUAAAAGAGCGCACGUUUGACGCGGUUAUUCCGUGUCUUAUGAGACAUGAAACUUUACUUGAGACAUUUCCAAGCCUUGAAUGAGAAUGAGAGCUAUAUUUUGGUUCUGUGAUACAUGUUGCCUCGGACCUGUGUGUAAGUGUAUUCAGUAAUUUGAUUAAACUCUGAUUCUGAUGUCACACAGCGAGUCUGAAAGUGACAUCUGGGAAUACAAACCUCUUAAGAAGACUAAAAGACAAGCCACAAGUCCGAAAUCUGCUGCAGAUGGAUCAAAGCGACGGAAGUUGGCAAAGCAAGGGGCGUCAAAGAAGUCGUCAAAGAAAACCUGCAGAGGGAGUAGAUUGAGAACUGAGCCCAAGACAGCGACUACACUAUGUACAGAGGCUGAAUCUGUUCAAGUGACCGAGGUAGAUGGACCACUAACCAAAUCCUCCAUACCAUCUGACUCACAAUCAGCCGAAGUGCAUGAUGGGCCAUCAUCAGAACAGCACUCUCAGUCCAGGGGUUACUGUCCUGUCUGUCAAAUGCCAUUUUCCAUUUUGGUCGUCCAGACAACACAAUGGCAUGUUGCUGAAUGUCUGGAGAACCCUGGGGAAACAAGUAAAGAAUGUCCAGAUGGCCUAGAGUGCUCCUCCUCCAUUCCAAGCCACUACAAGAGGUACAGCCACUCUCUUUUAGCUCACAGACGAGCACUAAAUUCCACAGAGUCUGCAUCUUCAAUACUGGGCCACAGGGCUAGAUUCCAUCUGGAGCAGAAUACAUUUAAUAAGGAUACUAUUAUUUAUAGUAAAGAGAGCUUUGUGGACAGUGCUGUCAAUCUGUCUACUGCAUCCAGCCAGAGUGCCUUUCCUGCUCACCGAUCCAGAGAAUCUCGUACUCCUGUCCAUCCUAAUGCCUUACAGCUCUUGCGCUCACCUGGGCCUGAAGAUAUUAAGAAAAAGAAAGGCUGGUCCCCUUCUACCAAAGGACCUAGAUCUCACACCUCAUCUCAUGAAGCUAAAAUUAGGAUAUCAACCCCAUUGAAAGCAGGAAAUAUAAGCCAUGAUGUUCAGACCGGAGAAGUAAAAGAGGAGCCGUGUACUUUAGUUGAUGAUGAUUAUAUCUCAUAUUCUCCUCUUUCUGAGAUCCCUGCUGAAACAGAAAGGAAGCAGAUAAAGAAAAAACUGUUUCACAGUACAGCACUAGAAGACAUGAAUGAGAAAAAUGAUAAUUCAGAUUCAUUAAUACUGUUCAAUGAUAGUGCAAUAAGUGAUGAUGACCUGUUUGCUGAUAUCUUAGAUCAGUAUGAAACCGAGACAAGCCAAGGAGAUCCAGUCGUUAAGGAGUCUCUGUACACCUGUGACCAAUUAGAGUCAUUAGAGUCACAUGAACAUUUGACGAGUUCCAGCUGCACAGGCCCUAAUGAUAGCCCUCAUCAGUCUAGUUCCCCUUUUAGCCACUCAAAAGACAUGCAUGUAGUGAAAGAUAGGGAAGAUAAUCCUCAGCUAUCAUCUCCUCAAAGCCUGGUCUUGGAUCGUCUUCGUGAAUGUAUAUCAAACACUGCACAGUUCAACAGUCUUAAUUCUACUUGUGUUGAUGUAAAGUCUGAAUCUUUGAAUCAGGAAAUGUCUUCCACUCAAGCCAUUUUGGCCACUAGAAAACAAACUCUUUCCAUAACACCCAAAAAACCCCAGACCAGAGCAAGAACAUCCGGGUUAAAGCAAACUGAUAUCGGAGUCUUUUUUGGAUUGAGACCUUUGAGAGAAAAGAGAGAGGAGGUUAGCACUACUGUGGAAGAGAAACUCCUGGUGAGCUCUGCUUCAGGGAAGAGCUCUGGAACUGUAGAACGGCAGAAUAGACGGAGGAAGAACACUGCAGCAUCUGAAGCGACCAGGACGAGGGAAGAAGCAGAAGAAGGAUCUGCUCAGCCUACGCAAACAGAAGGCAACCGAGGAGCGAGGGCUUGGGGGAGGAAGAGGUGGAACACAACAAGAGCGACAGAUGGAGGAGCAGAAGAGGCCAAACGAUGCCCGUUUUACAAGAAAAUCCCAGGAACGACUUUUGCUGUGGAUGCUUUUCAGUACGGGCAUAUCAAAGGCAUCACAGCCUACUUCCUCACACAUUUCCACUCUGAUCACUAUGGAGGACUGAAGAAAACCUCAACUUUUCCUAUCUAUUGCAAUAAAAUAACGGGCAACCUGGUGAAGAGUAAACUACAUGUGGAUGAGCAGUAUAUCCAUAUUCUUCCCAUGAAUGAGGAAUGUGUAGUCGAUGGUGUAAAGGUUAUCCUACUAGAUGCCAAUCACUGCCCAGGGUCGGCCAUGCUGCUGUUGCUGUUGCCAGAUGGCCAGACUGUGCUCCACACAGGUGACUUCCGGGCUCAUCCGUCCAUGGAGCGCUACCCAGAGUUGCAGGGUGACAGGAUUCAGACACUUUAUCUGGACACCACGUACUGCAGUCCAGAAUAUACAUUUCCCACCCAGCAGGAAGUGAUAACCUUUGCUGCUAAUACAGCGUUUGAGCUGGUCACACUCAAUCCUCGCACACUGAUUGUGUGUGGCACCUACUCAGUAGGAAAGGAGAAGGUUUUUUUGGCCAUUUCUCAGGUGCUAGGUUCUAAGGUCUAUAUGUCCAAAGAUCGUUAUAAAACCAUGUGCUGUCUAGAGUCGGAGCACAUCUACAAGUGUAUUACCACAGACAUGAAGGCAGCUCAGAUCCAUGUUCUUCCCAUGAUGCAGCUCAAUUUCAAGAACUUAAAAACGUAUUUGAGCAAGUUUUCCGGUACGUAUGACCAGCUGGUGGCAUUCAAGCCCACGGGCUGGACCUUUACUCAAGAAGUGGGGGUGGACAACAUACAACCUCAAGUCAAAGACAACAUCAGUGUUUAUGGUAUUCCAUACAGCGAACACAGUAGCUACCUGGAGCUGAAGCGCUUUGUGCAGUGGUUGCGGCCACUGAAAAUCAUUCCCACAGUGAAUGUUGGCAGUUGGAGCAGUAGGAAGGCUAUGAACAACUGCUUCAGUGAGUGGCAAGCUGAGGUUAAAGCUCUAAAUGCAGGACCAAGGAGUGAUCAUAAAGGCUCCUGUACAAGACAGUAACUGAUCACUGCAUCACCACAGUUCAGUGUUGGGCCAAAUAGUCAAAUUGGGUAUUCCUAAAUGCAAGCCUGGUUAUAAGCCUAAUAUCUCUUCGCAUUUAGAGACAUGCAGAGCAAAAUUUGGAACCACGGUUUUUACAAAAAGUUUUUAAAUUGUUGCCUUUGCAGUGUUUUACAUGGGUGCCAUUUGCUCAUUUUAGUGAAAAACGGUCAUUGUUUAUCUCAGUAGUUACCAAUCAAAGUAAUUAGUAAUGAAUUCACUAAAUGAGGUUAAUUUUCAGGUAGAUUAUCUGUUCCAAUACACUUCAUGUCCUCAAACUUUGCAUCAUUGCCUAUGAAUGUGUUUUUAAAUGCUUAAAAUAUGUAGAUAUUUACAAAUAAAUCUGUUUAAUAAUG